AUGUCCACCUCCGCCGACGGCUUGGCCGGCCGACCGCCGCCGCGGCAACCCUCGUCGCCGUCUUCCUCGGCCACGGCGCUGCCACCGCCAUCCCGGGACUCAAUAGCGACAUGGGACUACUUCUUUGGCCCCAGCGCGCCGUUGCCACCGCUCCAGCUGCCACCACUCUCCCGCGUAUCCUCCUCGUCAUCGUCGUCGUCGUCCUACUUCUCCUCCGAGAUACUGCCGCCGCCGCCGCCGCCGCCUCACCCUCCGCCACCUCUGAUACUUCGGCCACUCCGGAGCGUACCGUCGCCGCCGUCGUCGUCAUCAUCGGCCUUCUCCGCAGAGCUGCUGCCGCCUCCUCCACCCCCGCCGCUGCUGACGAUUGAGUCACUCCUGCGCGGAGCCUCCCCGUCGUCAUCACCAUCCUUCUCCACAGAGGUACUGAUGCCGCCGCCUCCACCUCCACCCCCGCCACCGCUGAUACUUCCGCCACGGCUACUCCUGCGUGUGCCCUCGCCGCCGUCGUCGUCCUUCUUGACAGAGUUGCUGCCGCCGCCGCCGCCGCCGCCUCCUCCCCUGCCGUUUUCAUUGUCCCCAGAUUCAGCGACAUGGGAAUGGGAUGACUACAUCCAGGACGCGCCGGAGCAGCCGCCAUCGCGCUUGCUACACCGCUCCUUGGGUCACAUCAGCUUCGGCAUCUCCCCUGACACGUCGCCGCCGCUGCCGCCGCACGCCAGUGAGCUACAAACCUCACCACCACGAUCACCACCGGAUUACAUGCCCACGCACGCCUCCUCCGAGGCGUACGGCCGGCGCCGCGGUGAGUCAUCAUCGCAAGCGGCGUCGAGCGGACCCGUCGCGGCGCUGGCCACCGUCACCGUCUCCGACGCCGCGGAGGUCUGCGCCGUCUGCACCGACGCACUCCCGCUCGCGUCGACCGCGUCCGGGCUCCCGUGCGGCCACCUCUACCACUACCACUGCAUCGUGCCGUGGCUGUCGCUGCGCAACUCCUGCCCGGUCUGCCGCCGCGGAAUCCCGAUGUUCCCGGCCGCUGCCGCCUCCACCACCGGAGAGACCGUGCCAUCGCCGCCGCAUGAUUACGAUGAUCCGCAGCCAACGACGGCGACCGAUCGGCGGCGGUCUCUGCCGGGAGCACGCCGGAUCAGAAGAAUCUGUCGCCGGUUGCUCAAUUACAUGGAAUUGAGCCGUUCUCGAUCGGCAGCAAGCUGA